GCCGCCGCAGCCGGCCGCGGGGCGGGACUCCCGGGGCCGUCGCAGGGAGCAAAGCUCGGCUCUCCGCGCCCGUGCUUUGGUCCGCCCUGGCCUGCUUCUCCCCGCGUGAGUCCGCUGGCCUGGUCCGGCCGACCAGCUCGCCCUCCGGCUCAGAACCGAGGCUCCGCGGCCGCCGCAGAGACCUGCCCACCGGAGCCUGCCGGGGGCUGCCGGUCUGCCUGUUUGGACCCUGCCGUUGAUGACACCUGGCAGAAGGCUGCCAUGGAGGGGGAUGGUUCAGACUCCCUGGUUACCAUUAAGAAUAUCGAAAGAGAGCUCAUUUGCCCAGCAUGCAAGGAGCUGUUUACCCACCCGUUGAUUCUCCCUUGCCAACAUAGUAUCUGUCAUAAAUGUGUAAAGGAACUCUUACUGAUGCUUGAUGAUUCGUUCAAUGAUGUGGGAUCAGACAACUCCAAUCAGAGCAGUCCUCGACUUCGGUUUCCCUCCCCUAGCGUGGAUAAAAUUGACAGAAUUAGCAGACCAGCAUCACAACGGAGAUCUUUGGGGUGGAGAGGCUGGAAGCGCAAUUCACUGACCCCGAGGACAACCACUUUUCCUUGCCCUGGCUGUGAGCAUGAUGUAGAUCUUGGAGAACGGGGAAUCAAUGGUCUGUUUCGAAAUUUCACUUUGGAAACUAUUGUUGAAAGAUAUCGGCAGGCAGCCAGGGCAGCUACAGCCAUUAUGUGUGACCUUUGUAAACCACCACCUCAAGAAUCCACAAAAAGUUGCAUGGACUGUAGUGCAAGCUACUGCAACGAAUGCUUCAAAAUUUAUCAUCCCUGGGGAACUGUAAAAGCUCAGCAUGAAUAUGUGGGCCCAACCACUAAUUUUAGACCCAAGAUUUUAAUGUGCCCAGAACAUGAAACAGAGAGAAUAAACAUGUACUGUGAAUUAUGUAAGCGACCAGUUUGUCAUCUCUGUAAGCUGGGUGGUAAUCAUUCCAAUCACCGUGUAACCACUAUGAGCAGUGCCUACAAAACCUUAAAGGAAAAGCUUUCAAAGGAUAUUGAUUACCUUAUUGGCAAGGAGAGCCAGGUGAAGAGUCAAAUUUCUGAACUAAACCUGUUAAUGAAAGAAACAGAGUGUAACGGAGAGCGGGCUAAAGAAGAAGCAAUCACACAUUUUGAAAAGCUCUUUGAAGUUCUAGAAGAGAGGAAAUCAUCUGUUUUGAAAGCAAUUGAUGCUUCAAAGAAACUAAGAUUGGACAAAUUUCAGACCCAGAUGGAAGAGUAUCAGGGGCUGCUAGAGAACAACGGACUUGUGGGAUACGCUCAGGAAGUGCUGAAGGAGACCGACCAGUCUUGCUUCGUACAGACAGCAAAACAGCUCCACCUCAGAAUACAGAAAGCUACAGAGUCCUUGAAGAGCUUUAGACCUGCGGCUCAGACAUCUUUUGAAGACUAUGUUGUUAAUACAUCUAAACAAACAGAACUUCUUGGAGAAUUGUCCUUUUUCUCUAGUGGCAUAGAUGUGCCAGAGAUCAAUGAGGAACAGAGCAAAGUUUAUAACAAUGCUUUGAUAAAUUGGCACCAUCCAGAAAAGGAUAAAGCUGAUAGCUAUGUCCUUGAAUAUCGGAAGAUUAAUAAAGAUGAAGAAAUGUUGUCUUGGAAUGAGGUAGAAGUGUGUGGCACAAGUAAAGUUAUUUCAGACCUUGAGAGCAACGUGAACUAUGCUUUCAGAGUCAGAGCCUACAAGGGUUCAAUCUGCAGUCCUUGCAGCAGAGAACUGAUCCUUCAUACUCCUCCAGCUCCAGUUUUCAGUUUCCUUUUUGAUGAAAAAUGUGGCUAUAAUAAUGAACACCUCUUGCUGAACUUGAAACGAGACCGUGUAGAGAGUAGAGCUGGUUUUAACCUUCUGCUUGCUGCGGAGCGGAUCCAAGUGGGUUAUUACACGAGCUUAGACUACAUCAUUGGAGAUGUGGGAAUUACAAAAGGGAAACACUUCUGGGCCUUCCGUGUGGAACCGUAUUCCUACCUGGUAAAAGUGGGAGUUGCUUCCAGUGAUAAACUACAAGAAUGGCUCCGUUCUCCGCGGGAUGCAGUUAGUCCAAGAUACGAGCAAGACAGUGGGCAUGACAGCGGAAGUGAAGAUACCUGUUUUGACUCUUCACAACCCUUUACAUUAGUUACUAUAGGCAUGAAGAAAUUUUUUAUACCCAAGUCACCUACUUCUUCCAAUGAACCUGAAAACAGAGUUCUACCCAUGCCAACAAGUAUAGGGGUUUUCCUCGACUAUGACAAAGGCAAAGUGGGUUUCUAUGACAUGGACCAUAUGAAAUGCCUUUAUGAGCGCCAAGUGGACUGUUCGCAUACGAUGUAUCCAGCAUUUGCAUUAAUGGGCAGUGGAGGAAUUCAGCUCGAGGAAUCCAUCACAGCAAAAUAUCUAGAAUACCAAGAGAACAUGUAGUUUAAACACCUAAUGUGACUUAGGAUAAGAAAUGUGAGCAAAAUAAUGCCUUGGUGUUAACCUUCGUAACUAAUUACAUGUCAUCUAAGUA